AUGGACGAUGACGCGGACUGGGAGGACUGGGAGGACUGGGACGCCUCCCCCUUGGACGUUUUCUGGGAUGAGAACAGUGACUGGGACGAUGCACUUGUCCCAGACGAUGAAGAGUACGACCAGGACACGAAGAGUGAGGAGGAAGACCAGGACACAGAGGGUGAAGAGGACAACCAGACUGUGCCGGAAUGGUCCCCUUCGUCUCCCAGUCCAGACCUCGUGCCCUCCCGUCGCCCUUUGGAGACAGGAGUCCGCAGCAUCCAGCGUGUCCCGAUGGACCUGCCCCUGAUGGACCUGUCCCUGAUGGAGCUGUCCCUGAUGCAGCUGUCCCUGAUGCAGCUGUCCCUGAUGGACCUGCCCCUGAUGGAGCUGUCCCUGAUGGACCUGUCCCUGAUGCAGCUGUCCCUGAUGGAGCUGUCCCUGAUGGAGCUGUCCCUGAUGGAGCUGUCCCUGAUGCAGCUGUCCCUGAUGGAGCUGUUCCUGAUGGAGCUGUCCCUGAUGGACCUGUUCCUGAUGCAGCAGUCCCUGUCAAUAGGAGCAUCAGUGAAGCACCACUCUCCAGCCACAUGUAGUCCACAGAACACAGAUCCACAUGUGAUCUAUUGUUGUGAGAGGGACCUGUGGAUGCUGCUGUCCACAUCAGAGGAAAAGAGGAACGAAUCCUGCCCCACACAGAGAGCAGACUCAUCCCACGUGAGAAGACCUUCUGAAGGCCUCGGACCAACGAACUGCACAUUGUUUCGUCGGAUUGCUAGAUUGCGAUCUAAAGAUGGAAAAGCCAGUGCUAGUGUCUUUGGACCUGUAAAAUGGACUUCAGUGCCUCUUGAGCCAACAGAAGUAGAAGUUACAACACAGGAAAACAAAUCUGCAGAUCAGAGCGGUCGCUCUAUGGGACUGUUGUGGUGA